AGUGGUCAGUGCAUCCCGGCUCGCAUGGGUUUUGGCAAAUUGCCUGUAUUUAGUAAGCUGUUAGUGUUGUAUACUAUAUACAUGGUGUAAAAGACAGCAGAAGGCGUUUGUCUGAAUGUUCUUGUGUGGGAAUGAUAACUUGGCAUUCACUGAUUCUUUGGACAUCUUUGGCCGAGCCUUGACAAGUUUGAGGAUGUCAGGGAGUGACAGGAGUAAGACAAAAGUGUAUGUGUACAGUGGGUUGGGAUGUUCUGACAUGAGUUCAUCUAUGCUUCAGGCAGCUCUUGAUAAACAUGUGGACCUCAACAUUCAUCAAGUGGAACCCAUUUCUGGGGAGAAAAUAAUAAAUGGUACCUGGAGAACAGAUGCAGCACUGAUGAUAUUUGGAGGUGGAUUUGACCUUGGGUUUAUUGAGUCUCUGGGAAAGAAGGGUGUCCAGUCAGUCCAUGACUAUGUAUGGGCCGACGGUGGGGCAUACCUGGGUUUAUGUGCUGGAGGCUAUUUCGCCUGUGACAGUAUCGCGUUUGACAAGGCAGGGCCAUUAGAAGUAUGUGGAGAAAGACACCUCAAGUUCUAUCCAGGUCAAGGUAUAGGGCCAGCUUACCCAGGGUUUGAGUACAAGUCCAAUAAGGGUGCUGUGGCAGCUUCGACAGACUUCUCUUGCCAUCAGCCAUUGGGUAAACUGGGGACAAUCUGCCUCUACACUGAUGGAGGGGGCUACUUCACUGGCCAUUCAAAAAAUGGAGACAAAAAAACAGCCAGUGAUGGAGCAGAGAAAUGGAAUGAGAAGCCCGAUUCCAGUGAAGGUGUGUCAAAUGGCAUAGAUGUAGAACGGGUCAAGGUUGAAGUUCUUGCUCAAUUCCAGGAUCUGCCAAAUUCUCCUGCAGCCAUUGUUAAGUGCCAUGUAGGGAACAGAGGUGGAAAAGCCAUCCUAUCAGGUGUUCAUUUCGAAUAUUUUCCUGACAAGCUUGUACCUGGAGAAAAGUUUUUAUCUCCAUCUGUAGUGAGCAAAUUAUUGGCCUGUGAUGAGGAAAGACAACUCUUGCUUGUUUCACUUCUCAGUGACUUGGGACUGAACAUCAGGAAGCAGUAAUAAUUUACCACUGCACUAGAUCUUGUUUGAAGUAGAAACAUUGCGUUAUUUAAAAACAUUCCUAUCUGUUUUUCAACAAGAUGGUACAGUAUUCUGUAUAAGAGAUAAAUGCCCAUGCACUGUGAUAGAUUCCACAUCAAGAAAUCUCAUUUUGUCUUAACUUUUGUGCCAAAAAGAUAACAUUGCACUUAUUGAACUUUUGUCAGUCUUAAACAGUUACUUUAUUUCCCUAACAGAACAAAUGUUACCUCAAAUGAGUCACUCACCCAAGAAAUAGCAACUCAGAAAGAGAUAAAAUACUUUACACCUUUGUAUAUUUGUGUAUUUAUUGUGUUUAUGUGGUGCUAAACUUCUCUAUAUUUGUUCAAGUUUAUGUCUACACAUUGUCAUAUCAUUGUUUUUCGAUUACUUUCUCUGGCAGAA